GGAGCCAGGUUGAGGUCAUAACCGCAGGACACCAAGCCUUAUAUACAUUGUAUGGGCACCACAGGCUUAGCAUUGUACCACGAAUCCCUCUCAUAUCAAAAUGACUACAAAAGCAGCCUUCAUCACAGGAGCUAAUGGCUUCAUCGGUAGUGCCGUGGCAAGGAAAUUCUCUUCUAAAGGGUGGACUACCUAUGGUUUGAUCCGUCACCAACGCAGCGCACUCGAGCUGAUGAGGAACGAAAUUAUCCCCAUCGUCGGGCUUGCUAGCGAUGUGGCCCAGUGGAUUUCGCGUCUUCCUCCAAUCGAUGUCAUUAUUACCUGUGAUGAAGACCUCUCCAACUACAUAUCACAUCACCAGAGUCGCCUAGCGAUGAUCAAACAGAUCUGCAAGCAUUCUGCAACUCUAGGCAACUCUGUCAAACCGCUGGUGAUUUUCAGUAGCGGGUGCAAGGACUACGGAACUACACCGAUGCAUGGCGAAGUCAAUUUGGCACCACACACAGAAACGAGCCCAUUGAACCCACCGGAAAUCUUACGCCCGCGCACUGAAGCUGCAAUUGAUAUGCUUCAGGGGCAUGGAUCCGACUUUGACUGUGUUGUGACACGUCCAACUACACUCUUUGGAUUGUCAGGCAGUUUCUAUUCGCAUUUCUUCGUCUUGGCUUCCAAGGCCAAAACUGAGAAUGAUGGCGUGCUGGAGCUCCCUGCAAAUCCCAACUCCGUCUUACACGGAACUCAUGUCGAGGACGUUGCAGCUGCGUACUUCAGCUUGGCUACGGCUCCCCGCGAAGUGGUGCGAGGUCAGUCAUAUAACAUCUCCGGUCACCGAUAUGAGACACUUGAGGAGAUUGUUCCCGCCAUCGAUAAAAGUCACGGUAUCAAAGUCAAGUACCGCGAAUAUCAAGAAUCAGAUGCAGAAACCUUUGGUCUAUAUGUCCUUGCACUCUUUAGAUUCCCACAGUGGGUUGGAUCUGAGAAGAUCAGAACUCAAUUAGGCUGGGCGGAUACGAAACCACUCUUUCAUAAAGGGUACGAAGUUUAUCGUAAGGCUUAUGAGGCCGCGAUAUCGCAAGACUCUCAACAGGUGGAACGACUACUCGGCAAAAGAGCAGCUGGAACCUUGUAAAACACACAACUGCAAAGCAUGAGACCAGGCUUGAAGAGGAAUUUGCUGGUUCGGUCUAAUGAGACUGGUUCCAAAGCAAAUAUACAAUUAGCCUUGGAGCUUUGUGCCCAGGGCCAGGUGGUGCCAGAAAUUGAAUUAGUUCACCUAAACCGCAUUGACACAGCGCUUAAUAGAAUUAAGGCGGGUAAGAAUGGGAAAGCUUCUUGUAAAUUUUCAGGAUUGAAAGAAUUGAGCUUUUGGUUGGAUCGUUCGAGAAAUCAUUUGAUCGGUCUACGGUGUUAUCUAGACGGACAAGCGCUUGCUGCGAGGGGUUCCGUACAUUCUCAGCCUGCGUGCCCGUAGAGAGCAAUUGUCUUGAGAUUUGUACGGGACCAGUGCCCUGCUCUGGGAUAUGGAAAAUCAUCCACAUCGAAGAUACAACUAUUGAUUAUAGCUAAACUAGGCUUUUCGAACCCACGGGGCUGAAGGCUUAGUCUGGCGAUCUGGCGCUCCGGGGUUUACAGUAAACCCAUUUAUGGCAAUUCAAG